AUGGGAUCAACAGCAAGGAAGACUUUUGAGUUGAACAAUGAUGUUCAGUCGGUCGAUCCAUCUGCCGCAAUCUUCCAAUGGCCUCGGGAGGAAGAGAAAGCUUUGGAAGAUCAAGCGCCUUGGUCAACUGAUCCACACUACUUUCAUACCGUCAAAAUAUCGGCUGUUGCACUGAUUAAGAUGGUCACUCAUGCGCGAUCUGGAGGUAUCUACGAGAUCAUGGGAGUAAUGUAUGGUAGAGUCAAGGAUGGUGUCUUCUGGAUAAUGGAUGCAGCCGCGUUACCUGUACAGGGAACAGAGACCAGAGUCAAUGCCGGAAAUGAGGCGAUGGAGUACAUGGUCAGCUUUCAAGAAUCAUCCAGAGAAGCAGGAAAGACGGAAUUACUGAGAGGCUGGUACCAUUCACAUCCCGGUUACGGCUGUUGGCUAUCUGGAAUAGAUGUGAACACUCAGCUCAACCAGCAGAAAUUCAACGAUCCAUACCUUGCUGUAGUAAUUGACCCAAACAGAACAGUCUCUGCUGGUAAAGUUGAAAUUGGAGCUUUCCGGACUUACCCAGAGGGAUACAAACCACCUGCUGCCAGUACUUCUCAGUACCAGUCAAUCCCCAUGGACAAGAUCGAAGAUUUCGGUGUUCAUGCCAAUGCAUAUUACCCCCUUAAGGUGGAGAUAUACAAGACCAAAUUAGAUGAACAACUACUUGAUCUUCUGUGGAACAAAUAUUGGGUCGCCACGUUGAGUUCCAGUGUUUUGACAUCGAAUCGCGAAUACUCCACAUCUCAAAUCACCGAUCUCAACGCGAAGCUUCAAGCUGCUUCAUCUGGUCUUGGUAACUCCUCUUCCAGUCUCAAACUCAAAUCGACACCAGCUGGGCAAACAACCGGCAAAGCCAAGAGUGACUCCAAGGAGUUUGCUGGUGUUGAAAAUGAGGACACGCCACUCAGCAAGGCAGCUAAAGAUAGCUCCCGCAUCGCGUCUGAAGCACAAAAUGGUAUGAUUGCCCAACUGUUGAAGGACAAGCUCUUCAACACUCCACUCAACGCGCCAUUAGAUCCCACAAUCGCCAAAAUGACGGUUCAAGGAAGACAGUGA